AUGAUGGCUCUUCAUAAGCCGGGCAAUGAGCACAGGAGCUCUGUACCCGUCAAAAAAGAGUCGCAAGGCACAUGCGAGAGACCACACGUAGAUCCCAUCUCCACUUACAAUAAGGUUGUCCGUCAAGUCACAAAAACGCGUGUUUUGGCGGCGUGUUUGCUCAUAUUUUCUAAACGAAAAAUUGUCAGACAACGCGUUUGGCAAAACUCACAUCACACCGAAAACUGGGGGCAUGUGAGUUUUCCACGAGUUUCACAUCCUCCUGAUCACAGCAGUGCCGGAUCGACCCGUCUUGAAGGAAAACGAAGUGGGUUGUCCGUUCUUUUCGUCAGCGCAAACGAGUCUCAGACUGCACGGGUUGUAUCGAUAUGCGUCAUGGACGCCCCUAUCGCUUCAUCUGGGCAGAGUCCAUCAAUGGAUCAAAGCACGACAGGAUCUGCCACCGAUGCCGCCGAAGCAACCGCGAAAGAUAGACAAGUGGAAGCUUCUAAAAAGCGGUCCAUUCCAAGCGGCCCCCCUCAGCCUGUCAAGAAGACGAAACACAUCGCCCUUUCGACUGAGAACCUUUCUGUCUUUGUGUCGAGCUACAAUAUUCGCCUCAGCGAAUAUUCGCGCGGGUGCACGUGGUCCGUCGGGCAGCACAACAAUGACCUGACCUCCAGCAGGGUGCCUGCCCCCAAAAAAGGCAAGUGUGGUACAGUGCUAUUUUCUGGAUGCACCCAUUGGGUGCAUCCAGAAAAUAACGCUGUAUCACUCGACUACUUUUUUGACCAAUCAGCGACCGAUAAAGUGGUCGCAGGCUGA